UCCUCAUACUGUCAAUCCCUUCAUGCAGGUACUUGUCGAGACAAGGACGAUCAUCUGUUCCUCCCAGCAUCAUGGACUGUCCAGUUUUCUACUGGGGGCUUCUGUGUGUGCUUCUGAGCCCUGCUGUUUCCAUCUGUGUCCCUACCGACUACACUGUGUUCGUGGAGAAACAGGAAUGUGACUACUGUGUGGCCAUCAACACCACCAUCUGCAUGGGCUUCUGUUACUCCAGGGACAGCAACAUGAAGGAGCUGGCGGGUCCUAGAUUCCUGCUCCAGCGAGGUUGUGUGUACGACAAGGUGGAGUACAGGACAGCUAUCCUGCCAGGGUGUCCUUCCCACGCCAACCCCCUCUUCACCUACCCUGUGGCUGUCAGCUGCCACUGUGGCACCUGCAACACGGACAGCGAUGAAUGCGCCCACAAGGCCAUAGGAGACGGUGCCCGGUGCUCCAAGCCGCUGAGACACCUGUACCCAUACCCUGGCCUGAGCAACUACAUUAGCCUCGACUGACCGGCCUGUUUGUUUUGUUGGUCGAAGCUGAAGUGCAAUGCUGAUGUAUUUUGUUUUGUCGUAUUUCUUUCCCCUUCCCUUCUGCCCCAGAUGAACAGGAAGUUUUUUUUGUUCUUUUUUUAUUUUGUGGCUUUGCAUUUAUUUUGCUUUGUGGUGCGUAUUGGUGAACGUAUAGAGAGGUGGUACCAUUGUUAGCUUGUUAGUUUACAUUGUUUGCACCGCGUGAGUGUUCUUUUUCAGUGUCCGGUCUGUGGUUUGUGGAUGUGCUUUUUGUUUACAACUCAAUGGUGUCUGAUCCUUAACGUUUUUAUUCCUCUCAGUUCUGUUGUUCCUGCUGCCGCAUGGCCUGUUACUGGCUCACAUCGUUAUUGUCUUCUGUAAACCAUUAUAGCUUUCCUUGAACUCGAUUAAAGCUUAGGUCUUGAAAUAG